AUGAACGCUACUGACGACGUGGCGGCCGACUUGCUUCGAUUCGCCCGCCAGCAACAGGAAAAGGGCAACAAGUCGAUCACCCCGGAAAAGCUCGCCCAGCUCCAGCAGCUCCUCGCCGACCCGUCAUCCUCAAAGCCGGCGCCGACUCGCCCCCAUAAUAAACCCGUGGUCGCCGUUAGUCCGCCUAAAGGCUAUACCACCGAGUUCUACCAGCGCCGAUCGUCGACUCCGCCCCAGCCUCGCUACAAGCCCUCCGCUAGUGGCAGCUAUACCCCCUACCAGAAGCUCCGCCUGCUUCCGAAGCCGCCGCCAGCGUACUCGCCGUUACUCACUAAAUACAAGGCGAAAUCAGCUGCUACCACCCCGGUACACAUUGGACGCCCGCCGAAACAGGAUCUGGCGUUUUUAGACUUGCUCCAGCUGUUCAGUUUCCGCAAACUCGAACGGCUAUUCGUCGCGGUCCUCGAAGCCGUGGGUAACAUAUUGGACAACCUACACCUCUUUGCCAAGCUUCCAAUGUUCCCCGAGGUGCUCACGAAGUUGUUGAAGAACACCAACAAGAUCUGGGUGCUUAUCCUCGUGUUCUUGAUCCGCAAGACCAUCACUCAGCUCCGCAAUGUUCUCCGCAAAGAACGUAAAGUUCAGGUGGAAAUGAGGCUUUUGGAAAACCACAAGACGCAAACGAUGCCGGCGAUGAACGACGACGUCCGUCGCAAGUACGAGAAGGUGCUCAAAGACCUCAGGUUCGACAAGAUGAUGCUCUGGAUCGAGUUGUUGGGUAACUUCCUCGACUUGGCGUUUAACGUGAUCGAGCUCUACCAGUGGGCUAUCCCCAAGUGGGCGAUGAACACGUUGAACGUGGCGUCGAUGGCCAUGACCAUCUACAGAAUGAACAAGGACGACGAGUACUUGGAUGACGACAUCACCGAGGACUUGAUUUGA